AUGGCGACUUCAAAGGUAACUUUGAAACUUUUUAUAAACAAAAAGGAACAACGAGUGUUGUUUGCAGAAGCUAGCAAAGAUUUCAUUGAUUUUCUAUUUAGUCUCCUCGUUUUACCAGUGGGCACUGUCAUCAAACUCUCAGGCAAUCAACACACGUUAGAUGGGUUAGCUAAGCUUUACGAAAGUGUCUCAGAUCUUGACAAUGACUACAUACAACCUAACAAGAAUAAGGACAUCAUCUUAAAACCUACAUCUUCGGUUCUAUUCUUUUCUCCUCAUGAAGUCCCUCUCUUGCCUGCUGAAGCGUUUUCAAAACCAUCGCGUGACGACGACAGCUACGAAGAUGGAUAUUACUAUCAUCCCGCUCGACGUAAUGCAAGGGAACGAGGAUUCGUAAUGGGAUUGGUGAAGUACAUGGUGAUGGAUGAUCUUGGUGUGUCUCCAAUGCCAACAUUCUCCACUUUGCUAAACAAGUUCAUCAAGGAUUUGGAUGCACUAGAGGAGAAGGUUAUUAAUAUCGGCAUGAAUGAGGGCUUGGAACUAUUGAAGCAUUCAUUGAAUUCUAAGACUGUGCUGACGGAUGUCUUCCUUGGUGAAGUGAUUAUUCUGAAUGAGAAUAUGAAAAGACCUAAAAGUUCUCGUAAUUGA